UUGUCGCCCCUCCCUUCCCGAAUCAUCCCCCGGCCCAACCUGCGCGAGCUCUGAAGCGUCCGGCUUUCCAGAGAAGCCAUGUACCGGCUCCUGUCAGCCGUGACGCUGCAGGCUGCGACCCCCGGGGGCCGGGCCUGGGGCUGCGGGCGGCGUGGGGCCCAUCAGCGGGCUGGGCUGCCGCCGCUCGGCAACUGCUGGGUCGGGGGGCUGGGGCUGGGGCUGGGGCUGGCGCUCGGGGUGAAGCUGGCGGGAGGGCUAAGAGGCGCCGCCCCCGCUCAACCCCCGGCAGCCCCCGACCCCGAGGCGUGGCCUCAGGCCGUGCCGCUGCUGGAGCAGUCCCUCGCCCCGCGGUCUCCGCAGACCCCGGCGUCUCCCCACUCCCAGUGCUUCGCCAGAGCCAUAGAGAGCAGCCGGGACCUGCUGCACAGAAUCAAGGACGAGGUGGGUGCACCGGGAAUAGUGGUCGGAGUUUCUGUAGAUGGAAAAGAAGUCUGGUCAGAAGGUUUAGGCUAUGCCGAUGUUGAGAACCGGGUGCCAUGUAAACCAGAGACAGUUAUGAGAAUUGCCAGCAUCAGCAAAAGCCUCACCAUGGUUGCUCUUGCCAAAUUGUGGGAAGCAGGGAAACUGGAUCUUGAUGUUCCAGUACAACAUUAUGUUCCUGAAUUCCCAGAAAAAGAAUAUGAAGGUGAAAAGGUUUCUGUCACAACAAGAUUGCUAAUAUCCCACUUAAGUGGAAUUCGUCAUUAUGAAAAGGACAUGAAAAAGGUGAAAGAAGAAAAGGCUUAUAAAGCCUUGAAGAUGAUGAAAGGAACAAUGGCAUCUGAUCAAGAAAAAGAAUUGAAAGAAAAAGGAAGCAAAAGUAAUGAAAAGAAUGACUUUUCUAAAGCUAAAUCAGAACAGGAUAAUGAAUCCAAAUGUCGGAAACAUGGCAAGAAAAAAAAUGAUUUUGAACAAGGUGAAUUAUAUUUGAAAGAAAAGUUCGAAAAUUCAAUUGAAUCUCUAAAAUUAUUUAAAAAUGAUCCUUUGUUCUUUAAACCUGGUAGUCAGUUUUUGUACUCAACUUUUGGCUAUACCCUACUGGCAGCCAUAGUAGAAAGAGCUUCAGGAUAUAAAUAUUUGGACUAUAUGCAGAAAAUAUUCCAUGACUUGGAUAUGCUGACAACUGUGCAGGAAGAAAAUGAGCCAGUGAUUUACAAUAGAGCAAGAUUUUAUGUUUACAAUAAAAAGAGACGUCUUAUCAACACCCCUUACGUGGAUAACUCCUAUAAGUGGGCUGGUGGUGGAUUUCUGUCUACAGUGGGUGACCUUCUGAAAUUUGGGAAUGCAAUGCUGUAUGGUUACCAAGUCGGGCUGUUUAAGAACUCAAAUGAAAAUCUUUUACCUGGCUACCUCAAACCAGAAACAAUGGUUAUGAUUUGGACACCAGUACCUAACACAGAAAUGUCUUGGGAUAAAGAGGGUAAAUAUGCAAUGGCAUGGGGUGUUGUAGAAACAAAACAAACAUAUGGUUCUUGUAGGAAGCAACGGCAUUAUGCUUCACAUACUGGAGGUGCAGUGGGAGCCAGUAGUGUCCUGCUAGUCCUUCCUGAAGAACUGAAUACAGAAGUUAUAAAUAACAAAGUCCCCCCAAGGGGAAUAAUUGUUUCUAUCAUAUGUAACAUGCAGUCUGUUGGCCUCAAUAGCACUGCUUUAAAGAUUGCCCUGGAAUUUGAUAAAGACAGAUCAGAGUGAUACCUUAACAUCACAGGUGCAAAAUAACCUGUUCUUUUUUUUAAUCAUUAAAAUUCCAAAAUAUGAGAUUUUUAUGAAUAAAUUUGUAAUAGACUUCAAUGGAAUGCAGAAAAUUAUGUACUUGUAAUUGCUUAAUUUUGUAACUGUCUUUUAUUAUAGAAUUUGUUCUUUAUACUCAGGGAAGUAACUAUAGUUUCUACUUUUUGAAAAAAGUGUUGACUGUUGAAAUAAAAUAUUCUGAUAAAAAGAUGUACUUUUUGAAUGUGUAAUGAGGAAAUCUCAUUCAGCAGGAGAUUCUGGGUAUUGACCUUUUAAUAUGACAGCUGAAACAAGAUUAUGAGAAAUUGUAUAUUAGUUAUCUAUUACAGCUUAAAAGAGCAAACAUUUAUCACCUCACAGUUUCUGAGGCUCGGGAAUUGAGAAGUAAUAUUGUUGGGUGGGUAUUUUGCAGUCUCCAACAAUGUUGCAGACAAGGUAUUGUAGUUUUUCUCAAGGGUUCUCUGACACUAGAGGAAAUGCUUCCAUGAGUCACCCCUAUGGCUGAUAAGUGAGAUAAGGUCUCUGUUUGUCACCACAAGGACCUCUCUGUAGGGCUGCUUGAGAAUCUUAAUGUCAUAGCAGUUGGCUUCCCCCUAGCAAAUGACAGAGCACACAUGAGCAAAUGUAAGCACAUCAGGCUAAAGUCAAUAUAUUUUAGAAGUCAUACUAUCACACUUGCCAAAUUUCCUAGGUCACAUGGGACCCAAUAUAAUGUUGAAGAGACUACAUGAAGUAUAAAAUCAUGAGGUAGAGAUCAUCACAGUCCGAUGUCUUGUCUCUAUUGAUUUAUGUCCUUCCCACAUGCAAAAUAAACUUAACACCCAAGUCCUCCAGAAGUUUCAUCCCAUUGUAGCAGCAGCACAAAGCCCACCAUCUUAUCAUCUAAAUCAAGUCUAAGUGUGAAUAAGACUCUUUGGCAGUAAUUCUGGAUAGUUCCUUAAGUAUAGUAAUUCAAGUAUAUAAGUUCCUUUUCAUAUUAAGACCUGUGAACUAAGACAAGUUAUUUGCUCCCCACAGGUACACUAUACAACAGAUGUAGAGUUACUGUUGUAGUCCCUCCUAUUCAAAAAGUUUUGAGAGGGUGUCCAUGGCAAUCCCAAAAUCCUCUGGCAACUAACUUGGCAGCUCCUUGAUUAUUACUUAAGGCUUGGCUUUUGACUGUUUUCUGGGCUCUUGGUUCAGAUGUUAUUCUUCAUUCAUGUAAGGUAGCAUGUGUUUCCAGCUGAGUGGUUUUUCUCAGCCUGUUUCCUGCUUCUUAAAGUUAAGAGGGCCAAAGGUCUCUUUAUCUGCCCUUUCAAUCUAAUUAGCAGUGUUUCUGACAAUAUAAUAUUUUUAAAUGUGAGAGUAUCCUGCUAAUUUUACUGCAGUUUAUGCCAGUAGACAAAAUCUACACCCAAGUGCCCUUCAAAAUAAGCCUCUAAUUUGGAAUUAACUUGAGAUCAUGUUUUCCUGGAAGUGUCCUAGAUUUUAUCUUUGCCUUGAAGCCAUUUCUUAAUUUUUAGUAUCAUCUAUCAUCUGAAGAUAGAACUUAAAAAACUAAUUAUUUAUUCCUUUUUAUUUGUUUAUUUCCUUUAUCUCAUCUCUUGCACGUUGGUAUAAACAGCAAGAACUCAGGAGGCACAUUCAGCACUGAAUCUGGAAAUCCCCUUUAGGUCACCCAGUUCAUGAGGCACUAUUCUAUUUUGUGUUACUGCAAGCAAUAGUGUUGCUACACUUUCUGCUGCUACACAACCAGAAUUCCCUUUCCUCCAUUCUGUAAUAAGAUUUUCAUUACUUUCCUUAAGUCCACAUCUAUAGCAUCCUCAAAAGCUAUCACAGUUUCUUCAAGGCUCUUCAUGUUUCCACUAACACUAUCUUUAAAGUCCUUCCAGUUUCCAUCCACUGCUUUGUUCCAGAUUCGUGUGUGUGUGUGUGUGUGUGUUUAUGUGUGUACAGUUCAGAUAAAAUGCAUAGUUAAUGCCAUAAGACUCAUCCUUUAAAGCAUACAGUGGUUUUUAGUACAUUCACAAGAUUACCACUAUCCAGAAUGUUUUCACCCAGAAAAGAAACUGUUUCUAUGAGCAUUUGCUCCCCAUUCCUCUCUUCUUCCAAUACCUGGUAACCAGCAACUUAGUAUGUCUUUGUGGUUUUUGAUUAUGGAUGAUUUGUAUACGUACAGUAUGUGGUCUUUUGUGUCCAAACUUUUUCAUUUGGUAUAGUGUAAAUUAGCUAUUGCUGCAUGAAAAAAAUUACCCCAAAACUUAAUAUUCUCUUACAGUCUCUGUGUUUUAGAAGUCCAAAGCAGCUUAGCUGGAUGGUCCUAGCUGUCUCCUAUAAGGUUGCAGACAAAAUGUCCACAGGGGCUUCAGUCAACCGAAGCCUUGACUAAGGCUGGAACAUCUGACUGUAAAGUGGCUCGCUCACAUGGCUUUGGGCCAGAGGCCUCUCUUACUGGGUUUUGGCAAGAGUAUCAGUUGCUCACCACUUGGGCUUCUCCAUAGCUUGUCUUAACUGUACUAUGGCUUCCCCUAAAGUAAAUGAAGAGAGAACCAGGCAAAAGCCACAGUGUUUUUAUAAUCUAGGCUUGGAACUAAUCUUAUUCAAAGAUCAACACUGACUUACUGUGGGAGAGGACUGUACAAAGGCAUGAACACCAGAAGUUGCAAAUCACUCGGAGCCAUCUGGGAAUGGCUCCUCGGAUGGCUUAUUAUAAUGUUGUUGACAUUGGAAUAUUUUGCUGUCACAGCAUAGAUGAUGUAUCCUAGAGGCUACCACUGUGCCACUAAAUUCAGGAAAACUCAAAAAGAAGUCAAAGUUCUGUACACUCUAAUAAAUAUUUUUCACAAGUUCUGAGCCCUAAGUCCAUCUCAUCACUCACCUCCUUAUUGAAGUAAAUAUAGUUCUGGGUUGGUUUAAGUGUAAAUAGAAUGUCUCACUGUAACAGA